CCAAUCAAAAAUCAAGAAUCUGUAGUGACAAAAUUGGUGCGGCAGGUUCAACGAUCACUACCCGAAGUCAACUUUCAAAGAACAACGCUUCAAUUAAAGACUGGAGGAAGACGAGCUUAUACUUUUACUCAAGAAUUCAAAAACAACCCUACAACAAGCCCUGAAUAUAAUAGCACGUCGGAAAGAAGUUCUGCAGAGGAAGGAAGCACGAAAGGCUUUGCGCCUGAGACCGAGUUUUCUUCUAAUGCACUGAGUAACAAGGAAGAACAAACGGCAGGGUUGAAUCUUUCUGAGAAUACGUCGACAGAGCAGGAUUGGUCUAAAUCAUUCUUUGGCUUAUCCGUGAAACCUUUUUCAAAAGAGGUGACCGAAAUUCUUUUGGCGCCAGUUGCUUCAGAAGAUAUUGAAAUCAAACCCGACGGGCUUAUUUAUUUGCCGGAAAUAAAAUAUCGCCGUAUAUUGAAUAGAGCAUUCGGACCAGGAGGAUGGGGACUUGCGCCACGUGGUGAAAAUUCAAUCAGCCCAAAGAAUAUAUCACGGGAAUACGCGCUAGUCUGUUGUGGAAGGCUUGUUUCAGUUGCUCGGGGUGAGCAAGAUUAUUUUGAUCCCUCUGGUUUAGCCACUGCUGCAGAAGGUGCUAAAAGUAAUGCAUUGGUGAGAUGUUGUAAAGAUUUGGGAAUAGCUUCUGAACUUUGGGAUCCGACUUUCAUUCGUGAUUUCAAGAAACGUUACUGUGAGGAAGUUUUAGCUGAGCAUGUAAUGACUAAAGUAAAGAAAAGAUUGUGGAGGAAAAAAGGAACUAGUCUUGAUUAUCCAUAUAAAGUU